UUAUAUUUUUGACAGCACACGUGCUUUCUUGGAAACAUCGCGUCUAAAAACAGACUCUUUUUUUUUUUUUAUUUAUAAAGUUCUCCAAAGAUAAUAUUUUUUCGAAAUAAAUAAAUUUAUGGAAAUUUCAAUGUCAGCAGUGUGUGUUUUAGAAAUUCGAGUGUAAAAAAAAGCAAAUAUCAAAUAUUCCUAUGCGUCAUCUUAGAACUUUUAAUAGAAAAAGCGGAAAUUCUAUUUUUAUUUUUCUUUCUUCCAAAUACCCGCACCACAUCUCGUUUUUUUCUAUAUAAAAGCAGAUCUAUUAUUCUUGAACUAUUAUUUCCAAUUCACAUUUCAUCAGAGGCAGUCGAAAAUUUUUUUCUACAAACAAAUUUGUUGUAAAAGUAUCAAAAUGGCAAAAGUUUUACAUUUGAGUGUUUUUUCUGUUUGUGUUUUAAUUCUACAAACAGUAAUUACUUCAGCGGCUGUAUUGGAUUCAAACAUUACUGACGUUUGCUCGCAACCAAUUGAAAUUGGCACUUGUCGUGCAUUUAUUCCGUCUUAUGGCUUUGAUUCAACUGAAAAAAAAUGUGUGAAAUUUGAAUACGGCGGAUGUCAUGGCAAUGGAAACAGAUUUACUGAAUUAAAAGAUUGUCAAGAUGCUUGUGAAGAAUGUUCACAACCGAUUGAUCAAGGCCCUUGUUUUGGUUCAAUAGAAAAAUACGCUUUUAAUGCUAAAGAGAAAAAAUGCGAACAAUUCACUUACGGAGGUUGCAUGGGAAACAAAAACAGAUUUACUGAUUUAGAAGAUUGUGAAAAAAAAUGUAUGUAAAAUAGUUUUUAAGAAUAUUUUGUAAAAGUUUCUUUUUUAAACAUUUUGAGUGAAAUUUUGUACCUCUUUUUAUAAUAAUAAAAUUAUUUUAUAAACUCGUA